UCGCGGAAUAUUGCCCGUCUCAUUGGGAUAAAACUGAUCUGACAGUGCACCCGGCACAUCACAUCCUUCUGCUAUACACGCCAGUCGUCACAUCCAUCACAUGAAGUCUGUGUCAGCCGCGUUUAUCCUUUUGGCUUGCGUUUUGGUGGAGGUCGAGAAGCGGCUCGUGGCUAUGCCAGUGGAUGCACAUAUCGGGGCCGAACGCCAGAUCAGUCAUAACAUAACGCUGGUCAUGCCAGGAUGCGCAAAACGUUGCAAUGCGAGGGAGGACUCCGCGCUCGAUAAACGUUGUAAUAUCGCCGCCGUAUAUCUCAUCGAGACCGGUGAAGAUGCUGAGAAACGUGCGACCCUUGACCUCGAGGAGCGUGGUGAGCAACAUCAAGUCACGAUCGACCAGACAGUAUCAGUACUGAUUCGUGCUAGAUUGAAUGAUUGUGCCUCUACGGGACGCCUUGAGUUGCAGAACUUUGUCUUAUCAAAGGCCUGACCCGUAGGACCUAGCUUGACUCGAGUCUGAUGAACCCCUACAGGUAGCACUCGUCCCGGUGUGGUCGUGCUUCCAUCACGGUAAGGUCCCGCUGAGUCUGAAGUUGUCUUGUAUACAGCAGGACGUCGGUAAGUUCCACCUACAGUACUGAUGUGAACCUGAAAAGAUCAGUGUAAGCAUUCUGCACUCACCGACGUUGGGAUUUGGUGUGGAUCGAGGAGGUCAG